AUGAACUUCUUUGUCGCUGUAGGUGUGCACCAUGUCAGCAUUCAGCUGGAUCUGGAAAUCCUUUUUCAAUUCAGUCACCUAUUCCUUUCCUUCAAGACAUUCCGCCCAGCUGCAAUGUUAGUCGAGAGAUCUUCAGAUUAUGGUCAAACAUGGAGAGUGAUACGAUAUUUUGCCUAUGAUUGUGCAUCUGCCUUCCCAAAUAUUCCCCCUGGACCUGCACAGAGAGUGGAUGAUGUAAUCUGUGACUCAAAGUAUUCCGACCUUGAACCUUCAACAGGUGGAGAGGUUGUUCUAAAAGCAUUGGACCCACAUUUCCAAAUCAAUGAUCCAUACAGCCAUGAGAUACGAGAGCUUACAACUUUUACAAAUCUACGGAUAAACUUCACACAGCUACACACACUUGGAGAUACACGUUUGUGGAGGAGACAGGCCAGAGUCGAUGAAAAAUACUAUUAUGCUUUGUACGAAAUGGUUGUUCGCGGGAGCUGUUUUUGCUAUGGGCACGCCAGCCAGUGUAUUCCCAUUGAAAAUAUACGAGGUGAUGUAUUCAACCAGCAAGGAAUGGUUCAUGGACGGUGCAUCUGUCAGCACAAUACAGAUGGUGUAAACUGUGAAAGAUGUAAGGACUUUUACAAUGAUUCACCAUGGCAACCAGCGAUAGGAUCAGAGAGAGAUGAAUGCAGAAGGUGCAACUGCAAUGGACACUCUGAAAAAUGCCAUUUUGACAUGGCGGUAUAUUUGGCCAGUGGAGAAGUCAGUGGUGGGAUUUGUGAUGAGUGCCAACACAAUACAAUGAGUCAAAACUGUAACCAAUGCAAGCCCUUCUUCUACCAGGUUCCUGGGAAAAUUAUUUCUGACCCAUAUGCAUGUGUUGCCUGUAACUGUGAUCCCAAAGGCUCACUAAACAAUGGAACGUGUGAAAGUCACACUGACCCAAGCCUUGGAACAGUUGCUGGACGCUGCAUUUGUAAGAGAAAUGUUGAAGGGACCAGAUGUGACCAGUGCAAAUCUGGCUACUUCGGACUAAGUGCUGUUAAUCCUGAAGGAUGUGAAGUCUGUUUUGCUUCCACUCUCCCAUAG